AUGAUUGAUGUAAUUAUUAUUAACAUCAUCAUCAUCAUCAUCAUCAUCAUCAUCAUCAUCAUCAUCAUCAUCAUCAUCAUCAUCAUCAUCAUCAUCAUCAUCAUCAUCAUCAUCAUCAUCAUCAUCAUCAUCAUCAUCAUCAUCAUCAUCAUCAUCAUCAUCUCAUCAUCAUCAUCAUCAUCAUCAUCAUCAUCAUCAUCAUCAUCAUCAUCAUCAUCAUCAUCAUCAUCAUCAUCAUCAUCAUCAUCAUCAUCAUCAUCAUCAUCAUCAUCAUCAUCAUCAUCAUCAUCAUCAUCAUCAUCAUCAUCAUCAUCAUCAUCAUCAUCAUCAUCAUCAUCAUCAUCAUCAUCAUCAUCAUCAUCAUCAUCAUCAUCAUCAUCAUCAUCAUCAUCAUCAUCAUCAUCAUCAUCAUCAUCAUAA